AUGUCAAGCCAAAAAAUUAUAGCCAUGAGAGCUAUCCCUGCACUCAGCUGCUUUCAGAGCACAUACAUGGCUUGUGUGACAGCAACAGCACACAGAAGCAGCAAUGAAAUGCAGUUAGCUGUACAGCUGGAAGACAAGCAGGCAGGCACUGGUCCAGUGCCUAAAAUGAUCCUACCGUGAGCCAGUCUGCAGUGCCUCCAGAAGUGCUUGACUACUACACAGGAACACAGCUUUCUUUGCAGAUACUCUGUGGCGUGUAACUCAGUUUCCCUUGGUGACUGCAGUGUGUAUUUUCUCUCUUUCCCUGUGUCCUUUUCUCCAGGAUGGCGGAGGCAGAAUUGCACAAGGAAAGGCUGCAAGCCAUAGCAGAAAAAAGAAAAAGGCAAACAGAAAUAGAAGACAAGAGGCAACAGCUUGAGGACCAGAUACUUCAGCUGCAGCAUUUCAAGUCAAAAGCACUUCGAGAAAAAUGGCUGUUACAAGGGAUUCCUGCUGGCUCAGCAGAAGAGGAAGAAGCCAGAAGGAGGCAGUCAGAAGAGGAUGAGCUAAAGGUGAAAGAGCUUGAAGACAACAUCCAUAGACUGGAAAAAGAAAUAGAGAAACUAGAAAGUGAAGAAUCCCAGAUAUCUGCCAAAGAACAAAUCAUCUUGGAGAAACUAAAAGAGACUGAAAAAUCGUUUGAGGACUUACAAAAGAGGUUCUCACAGCAGGAUGGUGAUGCAGUAAAUUACAUUUACUCCCAGAUCCCCGAACUCCCAACCCUCUAUUCAAGGACAGCAGAGCCAGUUCCUGGGCGGGACGGACCAAGCAGAGUAGCUGCUUUGUACACCAUGGAAAUUAAUGUGGAGAAAGACAAACAGACAGGAGAGACCAAGAUUCUCUCUACAACACCUGUUGGUCCAGAGGGGGCUCAUCAAAAAGGACUGAAAGUCUAUGAUGAUGGUACCAAGGUAGUCUAUGAGGUUCACUCUGGAGGCACAGUGGUAGAAAAUGGAAUACAUAAAUUAAGCCCAAAGGAUGUUGAUGAACUUAUGCAGAAAGCUGGACAAUCAAGUGUAAGAGGAGGGUAUGAAACAGUGACUGUACCAGACAGAAAUGUGAUAGCAGAUGGAAAUCUUAGCCAUAUGAAGGAGCAAAUGCUCUUCAAGGAGGCAAAGUUGGAAAUGGUACAUAAAUCCAGUAAAGGGCAUUCUGUGGAUCCUCAACACCAAGCAAAACUCCCUGGUGAUGCAGUCCCAGAGGCCAGUGCUGAUCAACCAGUGACAAUGAUUUUUAUGGGAUACCAAAACAUUGACGAUGAAGAGGAGACAAAGAAAGUGCUAGGCUAUGAUGAAACUAUCAAAGCAGAACUUGUCCUUAUUGACGAAGAUGACGAGAAGUCAUUGCGUGAGAAGACUGUGACAGAUGUGUCCACCAUGGAUGGAAAUGCAGCUGAGCUGGUCUCUGGAAGACCUUUGUCAGACACAACUGAGCCCUCCUCUCCUGAGGGGAAAGAAGAAAGUCUGCCCAUGGAACCAGCUCCAGGAAUGACUGUCUUGCCUAAGGAUCCAAGAUGCUCAUAUGAAAGCCCUGAAGCUGAAGUGAGUGAGAUGAAAUCUUCCAGAAUCCUUGAGGAUGACAUCCGGUUAAGAAAAGACAGAGACCAAAAUCGUGCCAAUUUGCUGGAGGCUGUGAGUAUUCGUGCAACAAAGGCAGAGAAAAUGGAAUGUGAAGUCCCAGUCUCUGAACAUAAAAGCAUCACCUCGGUGGCUUCACCACAUGCAGCAGACAAUCAAACCCACUUCUUUUCCCCUGUUACGAGUCACAAUGGACUUAAGGACAGGCAUGAAUCCCUGGACAGUGAAGUUGCUAAAGAGAUCAGAUACCUAGAUGAAGUACUUGAAGCAAAUUGCUGUGAUUCUGCUACCGAUAACGCCUUUAAUGGGACAGCUUCCCCUGAACCAAGCACAAUCAUUGUGGAUGGCUCUGGUCCAUCUGUUUGUGUUACCAAUGAUUCAGUACCCAAUGAAACAGAAGGCAAAAUAAUUCAUAGACAAGGACCCCCAGUCAUUGAACAGAAUGAAGCUAACACAAUGGCUGAGAAACUGAAGCCUAAUGGCCACUCUUCAGCUGGAUUAAAUGAAGAGGUUUAUGACAAUCCAAAAGUGCCAGCGAGCCCAAGUUCUGCAACAAGUUCAAGAGUUUCUAAUGAUGGGGAAUUAACUUUAACAACCAUUAAGAAAGAGGCUAAGUUUGAGCUUCGGGCCUUCCAUGAAGAAAAGAAGCCAUCCAAGCUCUUUGAAGAAGAUAACGAAAAGGAGAAGUAUAGAGUCCGGAAAGUGAGGCCAUCUGAGGAAAUGAUAGAACUUGAAAAGGAGAGGAGGGAGCUUAUUAAAAGCCAAGCUGUAAAGAAGAACCCUGGCAUUGCGUCCAAGUGGUGGAACCCACCCCAGGAGAAGACCUUGGAGGAACAAAUAGACGAAGAGCAUCUUGAAUCCCAUAAGAAGUACAUGGAACGCAAGGAGAAGCAACACCAGCAAAGCAUAACACCGACGUCACCAAAACAGGUGUCCUUUCCCUUUGUACCUCCAGAGCCAGCUUCUAUUAAAAAAGAGGAUAUUGUCACAGAACAAAUAGAUUUUUCAGCUGCCAGGAAGCAGUUUCAGUUGAUGGAAAAUUCAGGUCAGUCUAACAGUCAGACUGCUCCAAGAAAAUCAGGGACUCCCAGAAUGUUCUCCAUCAAACCCUUCUACAAAACCAUUGGCCCAUCACAAGUUGACAGACCAGCGGCUUCUGUGACCAGACCUGCUUUUGUGUGUGGGCAACUGGGACAGCCUGAGAGCAAUGAUAUACCUAUUGUGAAAGCUCAGAAGGUCUCCUGUAUCUUAGAGGAUUCUCAUAUUAAUAUUCAGAAUGCUACUACUGACCUAAUAAAAGAGUUGUCUCAUAGCGAUACCUCAAAAGCUGAACAGGCAUCAAAAUUGUGGGCAGAGGAUGGUGAAUUCAUGAGUGCGAGAGCAGUCUUUACAAUGGUAAAGGAUGAUGACCAUGGCAUUUUAGAUCAGUUUUCAAGGUCGGUUAAUGUCUCUUCCCCUCCAGAGGAGCUGGACUCUGGUUUGGAUGAUCUGUCUGUGAGAUCUCAGGAUACCACCGUUUUGGAAACUCUUUCCAAUGAUUUCAGCAUGGACAAUAUCAGUGAUAGUGGUGCCUCCAAUGAGACCAUGAAUGCCCUCCAAGAAAAUUCACUAGCAGAUUUCUCUCUGCCCCAGACCCCCCAGGCAGAAACCCCCUUGGACUGCCGAGUAGAAGGUGUUUCUAAAUCGUAUAGUGAUCAAGGCUUUUACUCCCCUUCCUCUACACUGGCAGACUCCAUGCUGAUAGAUGACCAGUUAGAAUAUCAUGCUGGCCUUCUCGUUCAAAAUGCAAUUCAACAAGCCAUAGCUGAGCAAGCUGACAAAACAGGCUCUAAGGAAGCAAAGGAUAUGGUGGAGCAGCAGAACCCAGUGAAAGAACAGGAAACAGUCAGCACAACCCUAUGUUCUGAGAAGCAGCAGAGCACAAUGUUUGAGCCACCUCAGGUGUCUUCUCCUGUUCAAGAUAAAAGGGAUACAAUACCAAAGACUUCAACAGAUGAAGACACAGGACUCAGGGAAGGGAAGGCUUCACAACCAUCCCCAGUAUCUACUGUCAGCCAGCCAUUCGUUGUAGAAGAAAACCGACAAGAGGUCAGUUAUUUUAGCAAGUACUCUGAGGCAGCUGAGCUGAGAAGUACUGCUUCUAUUUUGGCUACACAAGAGCCAGAGGUGACUGUGGGUCCUUUUAAGCUAAGGUCAAGGAAGCAGCGGACUUUGUCCAUGAUAGAAGAAGAAAUCAGAGCAGCCCAGGAAAGAGAGGAGGAACUGAAGAGACAAAGGCAGGGUCUACAGAUGGCACAGACCCCUGUUACAAAGAGUGCCCCUCCACUGCCUACCACCAAAACAGUGUCUUACAAAACUGCUCCAGGGAAAAUAGAGAAGAUCAGGCCUCCACCAUCCCCAACAGCAGAAAGUCCCCUCUCGCAACCUGACUCACUGCCUGAUGAGGCUGCAGGAUCCCAGCGCCCAAAGAAUUUGAUGCAGACCCUCAUGGAAGAUUAUGAAACGCACAAGACUAAGAGGCGUGAGAGGAUGGAUGAUAGCAGUGUCCUUGAGGCUACCAGGGUGAAUCGCAGGAAGAGCGCCCUAGCACUUCGUUGGGAGGCUGGAAUAUAUGCCAACAGAGAAGAAAAUGAAUAAUCCCUGUGCAACAUGAAGGCGGGUUGGGAUGGAGAAACCAAAAAAAAAAAAAAAUCAAUCAAAUCAACUAAAAAGCAGCAGUAUUUUAAUUCAAUAUUUAUUAAAGAUAGGACAGACUCAGUAAUGCGCCUGGAAACAGAAAUGAUCCAUUUCCAGGCACCCUGAACAAACAGGCAAACCCACUCACCAAAUACAACACCCCAGAAAGGACAAACCAUUUCAAAGGAUGCUAGGCGUGGAACCUUCCAAGGAAGAAUGAGGAUGUCAUCACCAUUGACAGAGGCCCAUUGCAAUAGGUCAGCCUGGAGAUGAAACGAGUGGGCAAAACUCAGAGCAGGGCAAACACACUUGCUUCCUUCUAACUGAAUUCCCUGCCCUGCUUUGCAACACUGAGAGAUUUUGGCCUCUACAGACCUGCCACAAGAGGGUGCCUCAUGGUAGCAUCACCUACCUGUCAUCCAUCUUCCUGCAGACUUAUCUGCAUUCUUCCUCAUCACCCCCCUGCUGCAUUAAAGACAUUGACAUUACUUUGGUGUACUUUAGACAGCCAUAAGAUACAAAGAAUCUUUUUUUUCCUCUUAUUUUUGUGGUUUGAAGGUUUCUUUUCCUUUUCUCUUAAUUUAUCAUUUAUAAAAUUUAAAAAAGGAUGCUGUUAUUGCAAAGGUACAAUCCAUAUUUUUGCAAUCUGCAUACCUAAUAAAAUAUCCCUUUCUGUCGCAAACACAAUCUGUCAUAGUUUAGGAGAGAACUAAAGGUCAAAGCACAGCCAAAUGGAUUACCUUAGGUGUAGGACCCUGUGUGCUUGCAAUAGUGACUGCUCCAGUUUCUCAGAGCAUAUUUACAUAACUGUUUCUAAAUGUAAUGUUUUUAGCGGGUGACAGUGAUUUUGUGAUAAGGGGGCAGGGCCAUAUGUGCAAAAUCUGAUUAAAGACCGAUUAAUUUGAGGUAGAAAUAUAAGGAGGAAUGCACACACACACAAAAUGACAUUUACUUUUUACCAAGGCAAUAACUGAGUCAAGCCAGUCUCUAGCACAGAAAGAGGUUUGAAGCAAAGAGCAAAAAUAGUUGUGUCUUUAACUAUAUUUAUACAAUAUGGAAGGCCUAGGAGUUAAUGUAGAAUGCUAUGGGAACCAUUUACAUUUCCAGGAAACAAAAAGGUGAAGAAGGUAAUAGGGAGUGAGGGAGAGAGAGAGAGGGAGGGAACACACACAAGUAAUGAAAAAUAAAGGAUUAUUUUUGCUGUUCAACCAGUGUUUUCAGAGCUAAAGGCAAAAUAUAGAACCUUUAGUUAAUGCGUAGGCUUGGAAUUGGUGACAAAGGAUUGUUGUGUGUCUGGUUGUGUGCGUGCACGCGUGUGUGUGUGUGUGUGUGUGCGGCUGAACUACGAGAAUGAUCAAGAAAAGUGGGUGUACAGAUUAUUUUCUCCAAAGCUGUUUGCCAGCUAUAGGGGUGAGUGAGAAUUUCUUUUUUAUGAAAAGGGAUAUAAAAAGGCACUGAGUUGAUGCAGUAUUUGUAAUAUUAAAAUUUGACCCAACAUAGUAUUUGCAUGAGUCACAAUUGCAAAGUAUUGAGCAGUUUUGUAAUCUGACAUUUAGGAAAGAAAUGUGGUAUUUAUUCUUGUGCUUUGUAUUCAGAUGUAGUCUAGAGGCUGCAAGGUUUACUCUUUCUUUUCAUGCAAAGCAAUACAAUAAGAGUAUUUUACUAUGGGAACCAUAAUUUCUGGACUAGAAAUUACCAAGUUUAUGGGACAAAAAACCUUCCCAAGUUCUCUAUAUAUAGAUGUAUCAUUUUUAUAAACAUAAAAUGAUUCUUUUGAUUGCUUUUUAAAUCAGCCAAGAAGCUGCCACUCCCCAAACCCCCUUGUUCUGCUUUUCCUACUGUUCUGUGACCCACUAUUGUGUUAUUUUCUGGGACAGUAAGCUCACGUAGCGUGAGUUUAGAUACUGUGAACAUUUCUCUGGUGCUUUUCUUAGAUGAACACAAAGCUUGCAACCAAAUGAUAAUGUUUAAUAUUUCCUUCCAGCAUAUGGUUUCAUGCACACUAAGUAUAUCUCACAUUUUCCUUUUAUGCUAUCAAAGGGAUGGUAGCCACAGUGACAAUAAGCAUCAAUUAAACACGUCCUAUGAAUUGUUUCCCUAAGUGCUAUUUGAACAAAAGGAAACCCUUUUGAAAUGGGUGGUAACUGUGAACAAGACUAAGCAGUUGUCAUGUAUCUUUUUUUUUAACUGAGUGAAAGUUGUGCUGCUUUGUGUGCAAGAGUGUACGCAUACUCAAAUAGAGUUACCAUUCGGACAUGAAGAUCUAUAGUAGAUUCUGAUCCACAGCUAUAUGCGUGUGUUAGUAUUAUCAAGAGGCUAUAGGAAGAGUAAUGCCACAAACUCUAUAGUCUGUUGCCCAACUGAUGGUGAGGCAUUGCCCCUCAUAACAUUCCUCAGACUCGCACACUAGUAACAAUAGGAGUUUAGGAUAACUCAGGGCUCAAGAAGAGCAGAAGUGAGCCUUGGGCACUGGGCAGGGUUUUCUUAGCAGUGACCUAUAGAAUCAAGCCAUACAUCCAAAAUGGCUUAUUUGCUUAUUGAGAGAUUGUCUUACAUCACGGGAUGUAUAUCUAAACUUCUCUGAGCAGUGGUUGAAUCUUAGCUUUUGUUCCCUCUUAAAUGAAUGUGCUUCUUCUGUCAAAGUAGUUAGUUAUCCAGGGCUGAGGGAGUUAUCAGUAGUUCUUGGCUCCCUAAAUUACUUUCUAAGAAAAGUGCAUUUCUUGUUUUCCUGAGGAUGUUUUCUAUAAUAAUAAAUAAAUGAAGCACUGGAAGUCACUUUUUCAUUACAUUACUUGCCACUUGAUGCCUCCUCCUUUGCCUGUUUCUUCCUCUGCCCUCUGUAGCAAAAAUUAAAGUCAAGUUCCUAUGAAGAAAACUUGUUUUUGACAUCUGGGAGUCCUUUAUACUCGGGGUGCUGCUUCUUUCCACUCGUGCAAUAAAAAUGUUUGCAUGUAUCAGUUCAGUACAGCUAAAUUCUCAAGUAACCAAGGUUUUCUCUUCCAGAAAUUAUGGAUACAUAAUCUUUUGUUGUCAGCAGCACAUGGCUCAGUGCUAUGAUAACUUAAAUGCUAUGCAGUUUACUUGCCUCUUCGUUAUUUCAUUUGCAUGCUACCAAGCUUUGAUGUCUAUAACUAUAUGCCAGCAUACAUAUUUAUCUAUGUAUAAACUAUAUAAAAUGCAACAAUGGAACACUACUGCAAAGUUAACUUUGUCUACAUGAAAAGAAAUUAUAAAAUCCUUUCCUGCAGCAAAGACUGUUUUAUUGAAACUUCUAUCUUGAAAAAUAGUUAAGCAUUAGACUUUGUGAUUCGGGUUGUGGGUUACAAUGCAGGUUUCCGGAAUUAUUAUUAUUCUUUCAAAAAGCUGCCAGUUUUGGCUUUUUCUUGCUCCUUAUCCAGAUUAUAUGAAGGAAAAUACAAAAAAGUUGAUUUAUUUAGCAACCAGAAGGUGGCACUUUCAUCAUGAUUUGUCAACCAAUUAUACAGUACCUGGCUUUCUGUAUAUGUUAACCACUUCAAUGUUGUUCUCCUGCUUCUGUUUUAUAGUGACUGUGAGGCAUACAAUGCAAGUAUAUAAUUAUUUUCUCAUUAAAACAGAAACCUGUGCUGUGUUUCUAUAAAAAGGGGGGGAGUGUUCCUCAAAGUCCUUGCAGAGCCUUUGAGUAGGAUUGCAAAUGACUACCCCAGAUUGACGUGAGUAGUAAGAUUAGAGCUGGGUAUCAGCAGGAAUACAGAAAUGCUCUCACAGUAUCACCAUAACCAAUAAACUAAAGAUCGAUGCUGAAUCAUA